AUGGACAAGUACGGUCUUUUGCCGAGAAUUGCCGUGCUGCCCGCGCAGAAAUUUUUGUCCGGGCAGCUGCUACUGGAGGAUGAUUGGGCGACGGUGGAGGCUUUGAAGGGAGAGCUGGUGACUGUGCACGCGGGCGGGCUGAUAGGAAAAGAUGCAAAGAGCGCCCUCAGCAGCAGCAGCAGUAGCAGAAGCAGCGGUUUGGGUGCAGGGGACAAGGAGCCCUUCUGUGUGGGGCUGCUGUGUCCUGAGAUGCAUGUAUCCGAGGAGGAGGUGGUGCUGCUGUCCGUGCAGCCGUGGGUGCAGCGCCACGUGCAGCAGAUGGACGCUCUUGUUCCCAUGGUGGCUUCAGCCGACCGCUUUGUGAUCGUCACUGCAGCGUGUAAAGGUCAAGCCCUUCUCUGCACCAACUCGUUCAACGCCAUUUUCCUCUGCUCCAGUGCCCCACCUCCCACCUUCCCUAUCCAUAUCUCCUUUCUCUCCGUCCCUGUCCCCUUACCGUCCCCUGCCCUCCCCCAAACACUACCAGGUCAAAUCCCUCUCUUCACCAACUGGUUCAAUGCCAUGCACUCGGCUGCCAUGGCUGGCCACGUGAUUGCCUCCGUGCCUCAAGAGGUGGAGGGUACGAGUGAAGGCCUGUUGAGGCAGCCAGAGGAGAGCGAGUCAGACCACAAGGCAGCCCUCACGUGUCUGCUGCUGCCCUUGCUGCUCAUGGAGCGAGUGUUGAAGCUCGGCUACAAUGUCAUCUACAGUGACAUCUCCUCCGUAUGGCUGCAAGACCCACUCCCUUUCCUCCCUCCAGAGUACAACGCAGUUCUCCCCUCCUCCGUCCCUUCCUCCCAACCACCGCCGCCCGCUAACAACAAAAUCGACAGCAAACUUAAACGCACUCUACCCAUCUCUCGUUCCGAUUUAGGCUAUUUCUCCCCUUGGUUUGCCGCCCUUCGUCAGUCACGGCCGAUUCUCCUGAUGCCGAAAGAGUGGGCUGUUCUCGCGUUGGAAGAUUUUCGGGAAAGAGCAGCCGUGGCGCAUAGAAACUCGCUCGCGCACUCGCUGUCCGCUUCGGAGAGCUUAAAAGUGGGACUGAAUGAGGCUAUAACGAGGAUGGUUGAGGAGGGGGAGCCGGGGUCGAACGUUGGCGUGUUGUCGCGGUGGUUGUUUCCGCCUGUGUGGAAGGUGAUGGGGGAGAGGGAGUGGUUUGCAAGGCAUCGGGAGGAGGUGGUUGCAGUGCCGAAUGAUUGCGGGGAUGAUGUGAGCCAUAGGGAGAUGUGCUUCAGAGAUUUGAAGCUGUGGGUGUAG